CAGGCACAUGAAUAGUCGUGAAUAGCUUCAAUCAAACAAUAACAAGAUGAUAGAAAUAUCGCUCUAUGCUUAGGUCUUACCCCUCUUGAUCACGUCGCGUCAGCAUUUAGGUUGGGGUCUGAAGCUUGGCCUGAACCUGGUUUAAAUACAACUCUAGCGGUCAUCCAGGCAGGGUCACUUCUAUUUCUGCUUACCCUUGAAACCCCAUCUCGAUAGUAACCAGAAUGUCGGAAACGAACCCGAUCCCAAUCAUUCUCUGCGGAAAAACUGAAUUCAUCGGUGAAAGAGUGGUUGAAGCUCUCAAGCCAGAAAUUGAAGUUGUUCAGUUCGUCUUACCCGGAGACUCGGGACAAGUCAUCAUACCAGCUCUUCUUGCCAGUAAAGGUCCGCCAUCUCAUCCUGACAGCAGCGCCAUUGGUUCCGGGAAUUACAAUAAUGCUCCCCGCGCCGUUGUGCUAGGAGGGGCUUUUGAAGAAUCCGACAUAGCUACCCUGCGAUAUGCCGUCAAAACCGUUAAUGGAGCCCGCGGUGUGGCUUGGCUCCGUCAGGAUACAACCCAACCAGCACCUCCGGUUACAUCGCCUGAGUACCCUAAGCUCAUGACAAGGAGGACCAAAGAGGCGAUAAUCAAGCUUGAUAAGGAGGGGAAAUUGGAUGGAACAUAUGACGGACUUGAGUGGUACUAGGACGCGAUA